AUGAAGAAGAGAUUUGUGCCCCCUCAUUACUAUAGAGACUUGUUCAAUAAGUUGCAAGGCAUAACUCAAGGAUCAAGGAGUGCGGAGGAGUACUAUCAAAAUUUAGACAUGGCUAUGACCAGAGCCAAUAUUGAAGAAGAUCCUGAGGCUACUAUGGCACGUUUCUUGGGUGGUUUGAAAAGGGAGAUUGCUGAUGUUGUUGAAUUGCAGCACUACAUGGAUUUCGAGGAAAUGCUUCAUAUGGCUAAGAAGGUAGAAAAGCAAUUAAAGAGGAAGAGUGGUUCAAGUAAGUUUUCUUCUACUCAAUCAUCUUGGAAAGGAAAUAAUAUGAAUAAAAAGGAUGAUGUGAAGAAGGCAGAAUCCAAGAAAUUUGAGCCAAAGAGUUUUUCAAAUGGUGAUUCAAGUAAGAGCUCUUCUAUGUCUAAACUCACAUGUUUUAAAUGUUUGGGAAAGGGGCAUAUUGCUUCUCAAUGUCCUAAUUCGAGAACAAUGGUUAUGCUUGAUGAUGGAUCUUAUGUGAGUCAAAGUGAAGGGGAAGAUGAAAAGGAAGCCAAUUCAUGUGAAGAUGAAGGUGAUCAAUGUGAAUUCAGUGGUGAUGAAGUUCUUGUUACUAUGAGGGCAUUGAAUAUGCAAGUUCAAGAAGAAGAGGCCCAAAGGCACAAUAGAUUCCAUGCAAGAUGCAAAGUGCAAGAUAAGGUAUGCAUGCUUAUAGUUGAUGGUGGAAGUUAUACUAAUUGUAUAAGCACUUAUCUUGUAGACAAGCUGGAGUUGCCAAUGAUCAAGCAUCCUACACCAUACCACUUGCAAUGGCUCAAUGAUAGUGGAGAAAAAAGGGUGAAUAGGCAAGCUAUGGUAAAAUUUUCCAUUAGUAAAUAUGAGGAUGAAGUUCUUUGUGAUGUAGUAUCAAUGAGUGCAGGUCAUAUUCUACUUGGACGGCCAUGGGAGUUUGAUCGGGAAGCCAAUCAUGAAGGCAAAUCCAACAAGUACCGAAUUGUUCACAAACAAAAGGCUUAUACCCUUGUACCUUUGACACCCCAGCAAGUACAUAAAGAUCACUUGAGAAUGAGGGAAAAAAGGCUUGAAUAUGAAAGUGAGCUAAAAAAACCUACGGAGUGUGUUAAAAAAGAGCAAAAAACAAGUGAGAAAAAAAUGCUAGAAUAUGAAAGUGAGCUGAAAAAGCCUAAGGAGUGUGUUGAGAAAAAGCCAAAAGCAAGUGAGAAAAAAUGUGCUUUCUUUGCCAGCAUGAGAGAUGUAAUUAAGGCCAUGAAUUCUCAGAAACCAGUGAUUAUGCUUUUGUACCAUGAAACUUGUUUGGUUACUAAUGAGUUACCUAACGAUUUGCCUUUAGAAAUUGUUGGUGUUUUGAAUGAUUUUGCAGAUGUGCUAACCGAGGAAGUGCCCGAUGGAUUACCUAUAAUUCGAGGUAUUGAGCAUCAAAUUGAUUUCCAGCCCGAUGCAACUAUUCCAAACCGUUCAGCAUAUCGAGCAAAUCCGGAGGAAACAAAAGAACUCCAAAGGCAAGUCGAUGAAUUGUUAUCUAAAGGACAAAUCUGUGAGUCUCUAAGUCCUUGUGCUGUUCCUGUGAUUUUAGUUCCAAAAAAAGAUGGUACAUGGUGCAUGUGCAUUGACUGUAGGGCUGUUAAUAAAAUCACCAUUAAGUAUCAUCAUCCAAUUCCUAGAUUAGAUUGA